CUACAGUAACAACCAUGGAUCAGUUCCUCUCAGCCUUCCUGAAGGAUCCAUCAGUGAAGAAUUGCCAACAAUUGGCUGUGGAACUCUUGCCUCACUACGCUACAUUAAUCAGUAAGGCAGGAGGCAUGCUCUCUCCAGAAACUCUCAGCUGUAUUCAAAAAGCCUUCCAGGAGGGAAAGCUGACAGAUUUGGUGGGCCAGAUUCAGGAAGUACUAACUGAUGCAGAAAAUGCUUCCCUGCAGAUCGCUGUCAUUGGGGAGUCUGGGGCCGGCAAGUCCAGUUUCAUAAACGCCCUGCGAGGGCUGAGCCAGGAAGCAGAGGGGUCGGCUGAUGUAGGGAUUGUGGAGACCACUAUGAAUAAAACCCCCUAUCAACAUCCAAAAUAUCCCCAAGUGAUGUUCUGGGACCUGCCUGGGACCGGGACUCCCAAUUUCCUCCCAGACACUUAUCUAGAAAAAGUGGGAUUUGCUAACUAUGACUUCUUCAUCAUCAUAUCUUCCUCUCGGUUCAGCCUUAAUGAUGCUAUCCUGGCCCAGGAAAUCAAUAAUGUGGGGAAGAAAUUCUACUUUGUUCGAACCAAGGUGGACAGUGACUUAUAUAAUGAAGAGAAAACCAAACCCAAAACCUUCAGAAAGGAGAAGGUCCUUCAGCAGAUCCGAGACUACUGUCUGGCUAACCUCAUUGGCGCUGGAGUGUCUGAACCCCGCAUCUUCUUGAUCUCCAACUUUGAUCUGGCUGACUUUGAUUUCCCAAAGCUGGAGGAGACUCUUCUGCAGGAGCUCCCUGGGCACAAGCGCCACAGGUUUGCACUGCUGUUGCCUACUAUCUCUGAUGCUUCUAUCGAGAUGAAGAGACGUUUUCUCAAGGAGAAGAUCUGGCUGGAGGCCUUGAAGUCAGCAGCUGUUUCUUUCAUCCCCUUCAUGACCUUCUUGAGUGGCUUCGAUUUGCCUCAGCAAGAACAGUGCUUGAAGGAGUACCGAAACUACUUUGGCUUGGAUGACAAAUCGAUUGAAGAGAUAGCUAACAACCUCAACAAGUCCGUGGAAGACAUCAGGGGCUCCCUCAAGUGCUUGGAUUUCUGGUCCCUUGUAAAGGAUGACAGCAUGGCAGUGAGAGCCGCAAAGUGUGCCGAAUCUUUUUGUGCCGUGAAAGGAGGUCCUGAGUCUUCUGUCAUCCAGGGUGUCUACUUUCUACGCUUAAGAUUCCUUGACACGGUGGCUGAUGAUGCCAGGCAUCUCUUAAAAAAGUUAUAAGCAGUAAAUAUUGCCUAGCUAAACAGUAAAUGAAUUUAAGGGCUUGUGUGUUUCAAGUUGGGAAGGGGGGAGGGUGUCCUUCCACCAGACUCCC